AAAAACAUUAUUUAUAUUUUAGAAACUUGAGGAAAUUAUAUAAUUUUUCCGUAGUAACAAUUUAAAAAUAAAUAUAUGUUUUUAAGUAUAAAAGUGAAGUAUUUGUUAGCAAGAUAUGGAUGAAAAUGAAACAGUAUCUGUUUCAAAGGGAGUCUUUGUCUUUAGAAACAAUUUUAAACCACUUACGAAGAAUUUAAAAAGCAAAAAGAAAAUAUCUGAAAGUAGUCAUUUUGAAAGCGUUUUUUCAAAGAAUUUAUGGUACCAAUCCUAUAUUUCCUUAUGGAGUAUAUUAGAGGAGAAUAUUGAAACGUUAAGUACUAAUAUGUUCUCUUCAGUUUUAAGCGAUUUAUUAACAUUCAUUAAAAAGAGCCAUGAUACAUUAAUUGAUGAAAUACCAACAGCGGCUUUACUAACAGGAAUUAACAUGCCCGAUCAUGGAGCACAGUUUUUAACUUUAUCUAAACAAAUUCAGAAGACAAUAUCACCUCAUGUUGCCUGUCUUUCUAGCCAAAAUUGUCAGAGUAUAAAAUAUUUGAUGGAACAUAUGAUAAAUCAAUUUAUUAAUAAAGGAGAAUAUUCUUCUGAUGAAGGUGAACUACUGGUGGAUGAAACUAAAGUUCAGUAUAAGAAGACUCAGUUAACACUUCCAGUGUUAAAAUGUUGGUAUGAAGAUUUAUAUAAAGAAAAACCGGUCACCUCACCCAAAAAAAUAAGAAUCAAGAACAAGAGAAAAGUUCUAGUCGUAAUUAUUCCUGAUUUUGAAAGUUUUAAUUCUCAAGUACUACAGAAAUUUAUAUUAAUAAUCAGUUGGUACAUAAAAGUGUUACCUUUUGUUUUCGUUCUGGGUAUAGCCACAUCUUUGACUACAUUACAUAUGUCACUUCCUUAUCAAGUUUCGUCAAAAAUUAGUGUCCAAGUGUUCAACUCCCAACCAUCGACAGUUUAUCUUAAUAACAUUUUGGAUGACUUAUUUUUUACUUUGGAUUGCCCGUUUCAACUGGGAGGAAAGGUUUUCAACCUUUUCACUGAUAUAUUCCUCUUUUACGAUUUAUCUGUGAAUAAUUUUAUUCAGAAUAUCAAGUAUGCCAUGGCUGAACAUUUUUGUUAUGGAAAUGCUAUGGCAUUAUGCAGUUUUGAUAAAAAAAAAAUCACACAAACUCUAACCAAAUUCAGUCAUGAAGAUUUCGAAAAUGUAAGGCGCCUCAUAUCAUUUAGGAAGCUUGUAGAAAAUGAAUCUUAUGAAAAUCGAAUCAAACUGUUAACUGAUGAUGAAUAUUUAAAGAUAGUUUUAGAAGAAGAAAUUAACAAAAUUAUAAAAUAUAUCAGAAGGCUGCAUAUAUUUUUAAAAUGUCUAUUAAUAAUGGUAGAAGAUUUACCCAAAGCACCAUUAGGAAAACAGGUUCGCGAAUUGUACUCCGUCACGGUAUCCAAAAAUAUUUCAAAAACUCCCGAGUACAAGGAAUGCUUCCAGUUGUUAGGCUUCCAGUCCAAAGAAGAACUCUCUGUGAAACUCUCAAAAGUUAUUGAUUAUUUGUCUCCCUUAAUCAAUAGUCAUAGCAAACAAAAUAAAAUUAAGGAUUUUGUGAAUCAAUUAAACACAUUUUUAAAUAAUAUGAAUAAUUUCAAUAUGAAUGACAUCGAAGAGGCUGUAUUGGAAAUUGAAAAUGAAGACAAUGUUAUCACUGGUCAAAUGGAUAGAAAACAAUUAAAAGAGAAAUUGUUAAGGAUGUCUAAACAAACAGACAAACCUCUAAAUAAGUAUGAAAGAAUAAGAAAGGACAUAAUUCAAUGCAUAAAAGAUACUAUGGAUAAAUACCUUAUCGAACCAAAUACAUUUUAUUUUCAUGAAAUAUUUUUCUUUAAUAACAUCUCCAUUCAGAACUAUAUCAUAGGGGCACAUCGCUCUGCAAUACACAACGCCUUAAACGAUCCUCACUAUUACUUACAGUGCGCUUCAUGUUGCGAAAUACCAAACAAUUCCGCCAUAAAACUUACUAUGCCGGACAUCUGCAUAGCUUACAAGCUACAUUUGGAAUGCGGGAAAAUGAUAAACCUGUACGAUUGGUUGCAGGCGUUUCUUAGUAUUCUUGAUCCUGCGGAUGUCGAUAAUGAGAGCAGAAGAGAAGUGAAUCCCGAAUUACAAGCUCGUUUCACGCAGGCAGUAGCUGAAUUGGAAUACUUGGGUUUCGUCAAGAGUUCAAAAAGAAAGGCUGACCACGUUACCAGAUUGACGUGGGGUGGAUAAAUAGGAAAAUAAGGCAAGGCUAAUGUAUUUUAUAUUUAUUUUCUAAAUUCUCUAGAUUUCCAAAAUAUUGAAUGAUUCAAUAUUUUGCAGAAAUUUAAUAAA